UUUCUGGAGUCAGUUGACGUCGUCGACUCUAGUGAGGCGCGCUGAAGGCGACACGCAGACGUAUUUUUGGGGAACUUUCGUCGAAAAAGCAUAAUAACGCGAACGCAGAGUUUAUGUUACUAACAUUCGUUGCAAAAACAUGCUGGAUCCCUGGUUUUAUCACUGGUUCUUUUCUUACGCGAUAGUCCGUUAGGUACUCGAAUCACCAGCUGGAUCAUUUUUGCAAUGCUGCUUGCUGGCCAAAACUAAGUUAAUUGAUAUUUCCAGGGAUUUAAGAUCCAGCGAUAUUUCAUUUGACCAUUUUGUAAAACAAAGUAAAAUCGUCGUUUGAAUCGUUCACAUGCCCAGCUCACUGGACUCUAGCUAGUCCUCCGGGGCUCGCUGCGCCCGAAGCCGGGCGAAGAUCGACGCUGCACGGUGUCACCCAACUCAAGAGGAUCGAGCUUCUUAGGCGACAAUGCUUGAAAUAAUGUCCGAACACCAAGAUUCAUUACUGAAGUGCAAAGCAGAGACUCUGCCAUCAGAGAGAAGAAAGAGGACAGUGGAGGACUUCAACAAGUUUUGCAGUUUUGUUCUUGCGUAUGCUGGUUACAUCCCUUCUCCAAAGGAGGAAAGGCCAUGGUCGCCAGCAUCCUCCAGUUCUCCAAACAGCUCUGGUGCUUCAGGUGAAGGCAGUGUUUUAGGUGGAGCAAGUUCUAACAUGGCUCCCAACUGGAAUCACGGCACGUCGGACUUGAACACCAUCCACACGUUCGUUCGCAAGGCUCGUGCCAAUAAGAGCAACAAGAGCAUGCGGCGGCUGUCGUCUGACAGCGCCCUGAUAGACAAAAUGUGUUUAAAAGACCCUUUCUAUGAAGGCCAGGUCGCCAGCAAAGCUGAGCGCAAAAAGGACAAGAAGCUGAAGCGUCUUUCUCUGGGUUCAGGCGCUGGUGACAGCGGCAGCAGCGGUGGCGAGAAGCGUGCAAGGAUCAAGCGCAGUAAGAACCCCAAACAGUCCAAAGCCCUUAAGAAGCUUAAGAGCUCGGCCCAAAGCGAGACAGACUCAGAGAACGGUCUUGGGCAUGGAGAAGAGCAUUUGGACCAGGGAGCAGCGGCAGAGCGCAGACUACAGGCCCAGGUGAAAGAAGAAAAGGAGGAAGCCACCAGAGAGGCCGAUAUGAGUUCCAGUGAGGGAGAGACCUGGAUAGCUGAUGAAGACAUAAUGGUUGAGUCAGGGGAUGAUUCGUGGGAUUUGAUCACCUGUUACUGCGGUAAACCGUUUGCAGGACGGCCCAUGAUUGAAUGUAGUCAGUGCAGCGUGUGGGUGCACCUCUCUUGCGCCAAAAUUAAGAAGUCUAACGUGCCUGACAUAUUUAACUGCCACAAAUGUAGAGACUCUCGACGGUCAAGUCAUAAAAAAGACAGUUAGAUGAGGGUGAUCAUUCCCUCAAAGCUCUGAGUGUUCCCAGUUCUCCAGAUUUUCUGUCCAAAAUACAUUUUUUCCUCUUUUUCUAGUCACUCCUUACGUGUUUUACAGUCAGUAGUCUCCAUUACAGAGUUCACUGAGAAAUAAUGUUUGAACUGAUCUCUUACCUCCUGAGUUGGUAAUUGAUCUUGGCUCAUUUGUAACUGUUCCAGAGAUAUGUAAGCUAUCUUGUCACAUCAAAUUAUUAUUAUUUUUUUAUAUAGCAGCUUGCAUACUUAGUAAGUGCCACUAUAUUUCUUUGUUGGAAAAGUUAGAGAACACAGCCACACUACAUUUUCACAGAUGUAUACAAUAUUAGUUACUUUGGUCUAUUUAAAAGUAUAAAAAAUAUAUAUAUACAUAUAUAAAUAACUAUUCAAAAUACAGAAAAAUAUUGUCCUGAUUUUGCCAAAGAGCUGCUGUGAGAGAUUGUGUUGACACAGUUGUUACAAAAAAUGUUAUUUCUUAGUGAACUGUCCAGUUGAUC